UCAAAAUGACUCAUGUUAUGAGAAGUGAUGUUUUGAAGUUGUAAAGUGGUCUGAACAAAAAAAUAUUAGACGUUCAAAGUUCAGUUAACAAGAAAUUUGUAAACCGAUACAUAUACACUGAGCAAGCUGCAAAAGAUGAGUGGAUUUGGCUUUAAGCUGUUUGAGUGCAGUUUUAAUGAAAAUGCUUUUGUAAAAGUUGCAGAUCUACCUCAUGGACGGAGUUUAUCAGAAAUGCUGAAUCAGAACUUGUGUAAAUUGAAAAGGGUGUGCCAAAAGGCUCAAUUCUAGGGCUUCUUCUGUUCGUAUGGACAAUGUUGUCUCCUCUGUUUCCAGUUGUAAUAUGUGUCUUUAUGCUGAUGACACAAUGUUGUACUGUAGUUCAUUUAAUGUACAAUCUACUGUAGAAGCCCUUCAAGACUCAUUUACAAAGUGCACCGUUUUAAACCUUUUAAUUAGAAAAGCUAACCAAGAAAACACAAAAAUAUGUCUUAAUGAGGGAACUUUAAAGAAAACACUACUGAAUUAUGGCAAUAUUUUCUACAUGCAUGCAUCACCUACAACUCUCAAGCCUUAGACACUAUUUAUAUUUCUGCAUUAGGAUUUAUCACUGGUGAUAGUUAUAAAGGAAUCGGUUCUUAUCAUGCAUGCUGAAAUGAUCGGAUUACUCUUAGAAAAUCAUGUUUUGCUCACUGUGCUGGAAGAACCUGCAGAGAAAAGUAAAGCUGGGGUAAUUUUUUAUCCUCAGGACAGUUCAGAUUUUUGAUUGCAUUUUUACUUCUGAUGUAAUCAAUCAGACUUUAUUUAUAUAUCACUUUUCAUACAGAUAAAAUACAACACAAAGUGCUUUACAGACAGCAGAAGUGAAAAUGCAAUAAAACAGUACAAACAACACAGUUAUUAUAAACUAAACUGUAAAACACAGGGUUUGAAGAGAAAGUGAAACCCGGUUCUCUAUUGCUCAUGCAAUGAGGAAACACCAGAUAAGACAGAUAAAUAUUUUUUUAAAAACAUCUGGGUUUUUUUAAAUGGAGAUGGACAGAGAUAGAAAUAGAAGUCAAAUAUUCUAAAAACAGAAAAGAAAUGAUUAAAAAUGAACAAACUGUGUAUUAAAUAGACAAAAAUAUGGAAAUGAGUGCUUAAAUAGAGAAAUCAAUAAAGCAAAAAUAUCACCACUUGUUUUUAAAACUUAAAUACGUUAACUAAUGUUUUUUCUAAAUUUGCCCCCUUACGUUUUUAGUGUUAUUCCAGUUUAUUAUGUGUGUCUGCAUCUUAGCCUCUGUACCUCAGUGUACUGAGCUUAAAUACAGGCAAGUUUUUUUUUUUUUUUAAUUUUUCAGAUAAUAUAUCGCAUUUAUUUCACAUUAAUGGGCUUCACUUCCCUCAGCCAGCAGCAGGUUUCCUCAUAUGAGCCUCCUGAUCACAGCUUCCACAUGUUUAAAGUUGUCUUUUAGUGAAACAGUCUCUCAGCAUCCUGACAGGCAGCCAAUGGGAGCCGCCGGUCGCACGAGCCCGGCACCGCGUCCUGCGCGCUCAUUGGACGGAUCGGGCACCCGCACACGAGCCGCUCGCGUGCAGGCAGCGGCUGUAUAAAUACCGGCGGAGGCGCUGAAACAGGAGCGCACUGUGCGUCGGGCUGGCGAGCGGACAGAAGUCACUCCUGACGUUUGUCAUCGGUUCGAGCUGUGCCAGGAGAAGGCGGGACUCUGCGGCGACUCUUUGCUGCUCAUCUGCUCCGGUUCGACCUCAAAAUGCCCGCAGGAACUUUAGAGAGAACAUCUCCAGCGGCGGUGGCUGCCACCCCGGCCAGUGGACACUCCACGCCGGAAAAACCUCGGACCCUGACGGAGAGCAGGAAGUCCUCCAAACCAAUUAUGGAGAAACGCAGACGUGCGCGCAUCAAUGAGAGUUUGGGUCAGCUGAAGACCCUCAUCCUGGAAGCACUGAAGAAAGAUACCUCCAGACACUCCAAACUGGAGAAGGCUGACAUCCUUGAGAUGACUGUGAAACACCUCAGGAACCUGCAGCGCCUUCAGAUGUCUGCUGCAGUGAACACAGACCCAUCCGUCCUGGGUAAAUACAGAGCCGGCUUCAGUGAGUGUGUAGGAGAAGUCACUCGUUUCCUGUCCACGUGUGAAGGUGUGGACGCCGAGGUGAGGACUCGCCUGCUCAGCCACCUGGCGGCCUGCGUCACCCAGAUCAACGCCGUCAACUUCUACGCACCUCAUCUGGGCGCUUUAGGACUCGGACAGACCGGCACCCAGGUCCCAGCUCCCUCACCCUCACAGAUGCCCUGCAGAAGCGCCUCCCCCGUGCACAUCCCCCCCGACGCGAUGAAGCUCUACGGGGGCUUCCAGGUCCUUCCGACGCCCAACGGACAGUUCGCCUUUCUGGUUCCCAGCGCAGCUCUGGCUCCUCUGACUGCACAACACCACGUGUCACCUGUCGCACCUGCCGUCACCUCGGACUCUGUGUGGAGGCCGUGGUAGAAGCUGUGAUUUUGAUGGCAUGAAAGGGACUAUCACACAAUAAAGCAUAUUUUUGUACAUUUUGUAAAUGUUUUUCAGAAUCUACUGGAUGUUUAGACACGUUUGUGUUUUUUUUGUAAGGACUUUUUAAGAGAUAUUUUUGGCCUCUCUGCUUGCUCUAAUUUCCUGUUUUUGAUACGGCACAGUUCAUUUGCCUCCACGGGCCAAGAAAAUCUUUGAAAAGCUCUUGAGAUGCACUGUAUUUUCUAAGAUGAAUAAAAUGUUUUUAUGGUGUUUGCA